GGGAUGGGGGAACUGCUGGGCCAAUUUUAAAGAGAAACAAAUUUAGCCCAAGUUAUGUUCCGUAAUCAGCCUCGGACAAGGCCUGAACUGACCAGAACAAGCCUGUUUGAUCCGCAAUUUAUUAAUAAUAUAUAUAGAGAGAGAGAUCAAAACUCGCCCAUCAUCGUUUUCCAUCGGCAACCCAAAUCCCCGAGAGAACACACAAAAUAGGGUUUUCUUCAUAGGAUUUCGGUGUUAACUUGUUAGCUCAAUUCAAAAAAACAUUGAUGAGGCCGAUACUAAUGAAAGGGCAUGAGCGGCCCCUGACGUUUCUCAAGUACAAUCUCGACGGAGAUAUGCUUUUCUCCUGCGCCAAGGACCAUAAUCCGACCGUCUGGUUCGCCGACAAUGGCGAGCGACUCGGCACCUACCGUGGCCACAACGGCGCCGUUUGGUCCUGCGAUAUCUCCAGGGAUUCAUUGAGACUUUUAACCGGAAGUGCAGAUCAGACUGCAAAGUUAUGGGAUGUUACAACUGGAACUCCACUUUAUACGUUUAAUUUUGAAUCACCUGCUAGGUCUGUCGAGUUUUCUGUUGGUGAUAAAUUAGCAGUUAUCACUACAGAUCCUUUUAUGGUAUAUACCUCUGCUAUUCACGUCAAAAGAAUUUCUAGAGAUCCAGAAGACCAGACUGCUGAAUCAGUUCUCACCAUCAAGGGGCCGCAGGGAAGAAUCAACAGAGCAGUUUGGGGACCCCUAAACAGUACGAUCAUAAGUGCUGGUGAAGAUGCAACAAUUCGUAUCUGGGAUUCUGAGACCGGGAAAUUACUGAAAGAAUCCGACAAGGAGGAAGGCCACAAAAAAACUAUUACCUCACUUACAAAAUCCGCUGAUGGUUCACAUUUCCUCAGUGGCUCCCUGGAUAAGUCUGCUAAGCUUUGGGACACCAGAACAUUGAAACUUAUCAAAACAUACGCGACGGAACGUCCUGUGAAUGCAGUUGCAAUGUCUCCCCUUCUUGAUCAUGUGGUACUUGGUGGUGGCCAAGAUGCAUCAGCUGUUACAACCACUGAUCAUCGUGCUGGAAAGUUUGAGGCUAAAUUUUACGAUAAGAUCCUAACUGAAGAGAUAGGAGGAGUGAAAGGACAUUUUGGACCAAUAAAUGCCCUGGCAUUUAAUCCAGAUGGAAGAAGUUUUGCAAGUGGAGGCGAGGAUGGUUAUGUGAGGUUGCACCAUUUUGAUCCAGAUUACUUCACCAUCAAGAUAUAAAAGCGUCUUGAUUGUGCUAUUCCUGCCUUGGAACCUUGUAAUGUAAUGAAAUUUUGAAAGCUUGGGCUCGUAUUUCCCUAUUGGAGCUCAAACUACAAGGUUCUUUAGAAAAUUUUAUGUAUUUUCAACCUGUGAUAUUUAUAUUUCUUUCCAUUUGCGUUUUUGUUGGAACCAGUUGAGGAAAUAAUUUAUUCAUGUUGUUCAAUCCCCGAUGCUUUAAAGAGAUUCAAACCUCAGGCAUUAAUAAUCUUAGUUUCUUUCGAAUUUCUAUUCUCUUUUGGCGUUCAGAAAAAGAUGGAUCUGUGUUUAUGCUUUUGAAAUGAAAUUUCUGGUGAGAAGGCAAAAACGUCAAAUGCUUCAAUUUAUUCUUACUCCAGGUGAAUGAUGAGUCGGUGACCUUCAACCCUGAGGACAUAGUCUGGUUAUUUCAUUUGAAAUGAA